AUGUCUCGGCCUGAUGUAGCAGAAGUGCGGGCAUUGCAGAUGUCUGGUUGGGCACAAAGUUCGUCGCUUCGACUCUCUUCUAGCCACUGUCAAAUCCAAGCCAUCCCCAUUUCAGCAGGAAUAUCUAUCGUGCUAGUUUACAGGAUCCUGCUGAACCUGGACCAGGAGGUCGAUUUAAUAUGGGUACGCUUUUACAGUGCUCUAAAUACAUCGGAGGCGCUGCAUCUCAUCCAAGUCAGGAUCGUGCCCGAGGAAAAUGAAACUACUCUAUGGAAUGGUAAACUUCUCAUCAUCGAAGACCUUUGUCGUGUAAUCACUGUAUCGACAGCUGAAUCUCGGAGGACUAUGUCAAAUAAUUCGGCUCCGCAUCACCUUCUUAUAAUCUGUGUAGCCAGCAUUAUCCUGGGUCAGAGCAUUUUUAUGUAUGGGUUGAUCUUCGGUGUACACGCCAUGAUGGUUCAGAGGGUCUGUGCUAUGUACGGCAUGGCCCCAAACGUGCGGGCAUUCUUGAUCGUCUGUUUUGCUACGGUGCAAUUAGUUAAUGCUGUGGCAUUUAUAACCCUAAUGGCGACAAUGUACUACGUUGACAAUAGUCUCCCUACUCAACCUACAGAGACAUGCACAUGGGCUUUUCCAACAGUUACAAGUAAAAUUAUCGCCAUCAGCAGAUGGGCAAGGGCCGGGUUGGAAACCAUCUUACUUGUCAUGGCACUAUAUCAGGCAGUAGUGCACCUAAGGGACAGGUUUCGAGGGACACAGUUCAACCUGGACACUUUCGUGGCUAUCCUUGCUAGAGAUCACAUUUUCUACGUUAUCGUGGCGUCCAUGUCAUGGACGGUAGACGCAAGUUCGUUCUUAGGCACUUACCCUGAAGUUUUAUUCUUAUUCAUCAGUGUUCUCAAAGAUGAGUAA